AUGCGCCUCUACGCGAUCUCAGAUCUCCAUCUCAGCUAUAAACACAAUAGAGAGGCCCUGGACGAGCUGGAACCCCACCACGACGAUAGCUUGAUCAUCUGCGGCGAUGUGGGGGAACGCCUCGAACACCUCCAGGAAACCUUCGAGAUCGCCACCAAAUUCUUCAAACAGGUCUUUUGGGUGCCCGGCAAUCAUGAAUUGUACACCUUGCCAGGGGACAAUCGUGAAGACGACGUUGAUAAAGAACUGAAAGGGGAAUUCAAAUAUCAAGAGUGCGUGAGAGUGGCCAAUGAAUUCGGCGUCAUUACCCCCGAGGAUGAAUAUGUCAAAUGGGAGGGGGAAGGGGGCCCUUGUAUAAUCUGCCCAGUCUUCACGCUAUAUGACUACAGUUUCAGGCCGGCGGAUGUGACGCGAGAAAAUGCACUUCAAUGGGCGAUGGAUCAAAAUGUCUAUGCGACAGACGAGGCUUUACUGCACCCCGAUCCGUACGAGACGCGAGAAGCCUGGUGCGAAGACCUUGUAUCUAAAACGGAGGAGCGAUUAGAAGCAGCCGCCACCAGAGGGAUUCCGUUGAUCAUCAUCAAUCAUUGGCCUCUGCGCGAAGAUUUGGUGACAAUACCAAGCAUUCCGCGGUUCAGUUUAUGGUGUGGGACCAAGAAGACCGAAGAUUGGCACGUGCGAUUCAACGCCAAGGUCGUUGUGACAGGGCAUCUGCACGUUCGUAGAACGGACUGGAUUGAUGGGGUAAGGUUUGAGGAAGUCAGUCUGGGAUAUCCUCGCCAAUGGCAGGCGGCCAAGGACAGGGGCUUGAAUAUCAAUGAUCUGCUGAGAGAGAUUCUGCCGGGUACGGAGGAUCCUGGAGAUGGCCGAACUGUCUGGCGGAGAUCGGGAAUUCCCUCCAGCCAUACAUGA